AUGCUGCUACUCCCUAUUUCCUGUGUGAUGACAUUUAUUAAGAUAAAUGUAACCCGAGGUACCACUGUAGUUGCUUUUGACUGUUUCUACUGAUACAGUGGUACCUCGGGUUACAGACACUUCAGGUUACAGAUGCUUCAGGUUACAGACUCCGCUAACCCAGAAAUAGUACCUCAGGUUAAGAACUUUGCUUCAGGAUGAGAACAGAAAUCGCACAGCGGUGGCAGCGGGGGGCCCCAUUAGCUAAAGUGGUGCUUCAGGUUAAGAACAGUUUCAGGUUCAGAACGAACCUCUGGAACAAAUUAACUUCUGAACCUGAGGUACCACUGCACAGUGGUAUCUCGGAACUCAAAUGGCUCCAUUCUCGAAUAUUUUGGCUCUCGAAUGCCAAAAACCUGGAAGUAACUGCUCCGGUUUUUGAACAUUCCCCGGAAAACAAAUGUCCCACACGGGCUUCCGCUGUGCAGAAACCUAGCUGUCGGCCAAUUGGAAGCCACGCCUCGGAACUCGAACGUUUCGGAAGUUGAACGGUCUUCUGGAACGGAUUACGUUUGAGUUCUGAGAUAAUACCUAUAAUGUUACUGCUUUAUUCCCUUUGCAAAUCGCCUUGAGGGUUUUCCCUUGAAUAAUCGAGCGAUAUAUAAAUUUUAUGAAGGAAAUAAAGAGAAACAAAAUGGAUUGUCGUCGCAGCACGUGCACUGUGAGGUACAAGUCCCUGCCCUGAGCACAUUACAGUCUAGAAAAACAGGUUUGGAUGCUAGAGUAGAGAGAUUCCUGCAUUUUCAGGGGGUUGGUCUAGAUGACCACUGGGUUCCCUUCCAUCUUUACACUUCCAUGAAUCUGAUAGGUGCAGGUUAAACAGGAGACCAAAGAUAGGAUAAUAAAGGCACAGGGCACAGUUUCUCAAACACCUUGACUUCACAGACCCCUUGAUGAACAAAUAAAGUCAUUGUCGACCCCAAAGCCUUAUCAAUAUAAACAAAAUAGAGUAUGUAUUUUAAAAAUUAAUAUACAAGAAGGACAUCAGAAUUAUUAUUUUUGUACUUUAAAAAAGAAUGGGUUAAAAAGUGAAACUCUGGGUUGCUUUGGACCACUCACUGUCUCUCAGCUGAGUCUACCUCACAGGGUUGUUUUUGUGGGGAUUAAAUGAGGAGGGGGAGAACCGCACCUUGAACUUCUUGCAGGAAAAGGUGGGGGCAUAAAUGCAAUAAAUAAGUACGAAAUAGUACUACUAGUUGCCAGCAGCCAUCAAAAACCAUUGAGGAAAAAGCCUUAGUCAUCAGUGCCCAUUAAGAAAAUAACUGUUAAUUAUCCACCAUCCUUUUCAACAGACACCACACAUGUUUCCAACUUGCAUGCAAGAGAUUCUUGGCUUUAGUUUUUUUUUAAAAGAAAGAUUUCACUGAAUGAAAUCCAAUUUGAAGUGAUCUCAGUUGCUUGGGAGGUGGAACAGGUUUGUUGCGUAUGCAAAAUUCAAAAAUUAAAGUAAUUUAGGGUGGGGCGGGGUUUUUUUUGCUGUAUUUUGUUGUAUUUUAAAAAUGUAGUUUGAAGCCAACACCUUUAAAAUAUUUUUUUUUAAAAAUGUGAUUAAGUACAAUUUGAGGGAGGACCGGAGAGAAGACACUUUUGAUUCAGCUCAGCAAAACGCAGAAUGUCCCCUGGUUUUUAAGGAAAAAGCUCAGCCAAGUUAGAAAAACCUUACGGAGAAUGAAAAUUCUAAAACUUCAGAGACGGGGCAAAGCAGCCCAACUCUUGGAAGGAACACCAUAUUUGCAGCCAUAAAUUCACAAGGCAAGGGAGAACAUCUGGAAGACAGUUUAUUCCAAUGAUGGGGCAGGAAACAAACAAAUGCCCCUCUCCCAGUUUCCCCAGUUAUGGGAACGUACCCUAAACAUUUGGGAGUGGUGGUGGGUGUUGGGUGAAAUUUGCAGAUCUGGGGCUUUCCUGUUUAAAUCUCUUUCUCCCGCCGCUCUGCAGAGAGUGAAGAGAGAGAUUGAUUGGCACAUUUGAAAAAAAAAAAAAUCCUUUUCUUCCCCUCUCCCCCUUUUCCACACCCAGCUCGGAUUCUGACAUCACCAAUUGCUCCAGAAGGAGGCGGCGGCCAAGGGCAGCCCUUCAAAACAAGCUGCGCUUUCCGCCGCCUCGGCCAGCCCUGUGAACAAGAACCUAGCCAGCCCUCAGUGGCUAACAACCCCAGCCGGUGAGUAGCCCCCAAAAAACUUGGAGAGAGUGGGAGGCUGGGAUGGGGGGGGAGGGGAGGGGGGAAGGAAGAGAUUUUUAGGGAAAUUACGAAUCCUUCUUUAAAUGCAGAAAGAAUAAGGUUGGGAGCCGGAUGUGAGAAGGAAGGGAAGGGAUGCAGAAAAGCGAAAUAGGAUCUCGGUGCGAAUUAGAGAGGAACUUUGCGAACAAAGGAGGAGGGAAAGGAAGGCGCGGAGAGCGAUUUUAAACAACUUCAGCCAGAGCAAUUCUCCCUCUUCCGCGCCGCCCUCUUAAGUGCCUUCUUUCUGCAGCUGUUUUUUUUUGGGGGGGGGGGGACGUCUUAAAACCCUGCUUUCCCCCUUGCAAUUUUGUUUGCACUGCGCUUAUUUCAGAUGCAAGGGCAGGCAGGGGAGAUCAAGGAGUGUUUGUGUGGAUCAGUCUAAAAUGCAAAGUAUAUAUAUAUUUCCCCCAUCUGAGAAAGAAGCAGCAAGCUUGGAUUUUACAGAGCGGGGGGUUUAAAUCCGUUUCUUGUCUUUAAAAAAACAACCACAAAGUUAGCACCGUCGGGCUGCUCCAGGUUGCAUGCAAGUAGAUCUUUCUCGUGUGUGUGUGUGUUUUUUAAAAGUUGUUUCCUGGCAUGUUUUCCUGGGAUUGAGCCCCCCACACGGGUGGCCGGCAUUUCUUGUGGGUUGACGACUGUCCCCCCUCUAGUGGGGUGAAAGGGGAUUACUCUUAGAUUCAGCCAAGCUUUUUCACCACAUGUCGGUUUGCGCUUUGUGGUUGCGUCUUGGCUCGCUUUGCAGCUUCAACCUGCACGCGCGCAGCACCCAUCGUGGCCGGCUAAGUGUAAAUUCUGUCUCGUGGCUUUAUUAUUUACCCACACGAGGGUCGUCAUAGCUGAGCAAGAGGCAGCUCGUGGAUGGCUUACAAAAAGUCCCAGGUUCAGUUCCUGGCAUCUCCAGUUUAGGAAGGAUCAAGGGACAAGAGGGAGCGGCCUUAGAGUCGGGGCAUCGGUGCGCCUUUCCCAUUAUCCCCUGCACGGACCGGCAGCAGCUCUGCAGGGUUUAGGGCAAGGGAGUAUUUUUCCAGCUCCACCUGGCAGCGCCAGGUGUCGAUCCUUGGACUUAUUUGCAUGCAAAGCAGAUGCUGUACUACUUUCCCCCGGAAUCGAAUCUCCUAUAUGCAAAGCAGUAGCUGAACAAAGUAAUAGAUUUGUGACCGUCCCAGCUGCUGUGAGUCUCCCAGGAUUGACACCCCAAGUGGCUGGAAUAUACGGGUGCAAAAGUCUGUGGCAAGGCGGAAGGGUGGGCUGGCUGCUUCCCUCCCAAAAGAGAAAUCGUUUGCGUAUUGAGUCCACCAAUUCCAUCGCUAAUGGGGAUCUGUUUCAGGAGGGUGCAAAAUGUAAUGCAUAGAUCUAUCCACAUUCAGGUUAAAAAACAAACCGACCACAGUUCCCAUGCACGCCCAGCACACAUUCAAAGCACAUGAUUUCCCUCCCCCCCUACUGAAGAAUCUAGGGAACUUUAGGUUGCCCCCUCACCGAGCUAUAGCUCCCAGCACCCUUGCCAAACGGCGGUUCUUAUGAUUCCUUGGAGGAAGUCCAGUGCUUUAAAUGUGCACUGAGUUUAUUGUGUGGAUCUGCCCUGUUGCUUCAUAUCUGGAAAUUUGUGAAUGCACUUAAGAGAAAAGAAAAAAGAACCCCCUUAUGAACAUAUGAAACCAAUGUAACAUUUUGGCCAGCCUCACAGAACCGUAUUUUGUAUGCUAACGUUAACAAGAAUUUCAUGUUCCCCAUCUGCUUGGAACUGGUCUUAAGGACAGCUUAAAAGGCAAUCCUUUUUAUUUACUAGACAUCUAAAGGUCUCCAAGUGACUUACAAACAAUUUUAAAGCCUACUCACAAAUACAUUUUACCAGUGACACCAUUCAUUUAAAAAACUGUAUUUCCAUGUGUGUGGAUUAGACAUGCUGUCUGCUCACCCACCCAAAGGGGAUGGAGUAGGCUGGAGCCUGAAUCAAUAAGAAAUCCUUGUUGGCACAGAUCUCUUUGAAAAGAAGCUUUUGUGGUGCCCUCGAGAUGCUUGCUGAACCAUCCCUGUGACUGGUUCUGCGGAUGCAAAUCCUGCAAAACUGAGCAAACAAGACUCAAGAGACUAUCCGUGUCAAAAUGGUUGGCAUGGAUCAGGCCACAAAUGGGCGCUGGUGCAUAUUUAGAAGUUUUGGUUGUUGUUGUACCUGCAGCUCAAAGAGGAAUUUUAGAGGCGCUUGAUUUCAAGAGCACUUAUCUCAUUUCACAACUCGCUUAGCAUUUGGAGCAUGUUGAAUAAGGAGCAUUAAAAGCAGUCUCAUACCAAAUCAAAGAGUCGUGGCUUCCCCCAAAGAAUUCUGGGAGAUGUAGUUUAAGGGUGCUGCAAGUUCUUAGGAGACUGCCUAGUCCCCUCAUAGAGCUACGAUUCCCUGGGAAGAGGGAUUGGCUGUUAAACCACUCUGGGAAUUGUAGCACUGGGAGGGGAAUAGGGAAUCUCCUAGCAAGUUUAAGCGCCCUUAACAUACUACAGCUCCCAGGAUUCUUUGGAGAAAGCUGUGACUGUUUAACGUGGAGUCGUCGUGCUUUAAAUAUGUGAAUGGGGCCAGAAUCUGGAAUGCUGAACUACCAGUCAGAAUGAAUCUGGAAUGCCAAACAGCCAAUUAGAGGGAAUGUGAUGAAGUGAUGAAUUAUAUUUCUGCACAAAUUGAAGUGGUGAAUUAUAUAUGAAGUGAUGAAUUAUAUUUCUGCACAAAUUGAGAGGGAGAUGCAUUUAUUUAUUUACAAUAAGAAUAUCUAUAAGCUGCCAACUCAUAAGGGGUGGAGAGUCAUGGCGGUGUAGACUGAAAUCAUGAAUACACCGUUGGAUGAUAAAAUACUGAGCAGAUGACUGACACGGAAUCAGAUUCUCCAAACAAACAAACAAACCUGGGUGAAACCAAAAGGCUUUCCAUAGGGGGCAGAAUAUCAGCACUGCAGGUACUUGUCUGAUUUUAACAGAAACAUUGUUCCAAAAUGCUACAUAUGCUUUAUGGUGGUGGUGCUGCUGCUGCUGCUGUGCUUUUAAAAUAACACGGUGUUUUGGAAUGGAAAUGAACAGGUUCAGUGGUUAUGCUGAGCAAGUAUUGUUCCAGAUGCAUACAAUUUAUCAGGGCUAACAGCUGGGCCACACUUGAGACUUUACAAUCUCAAGUUGUUGAGUUUUUGUUGGACUGUGUCAAGGGAUGAAACGUGAGGCUUUGGGACUGCGUAGGAAUCCCUGAUCCUUAAUUCCAAGUGGAAAGUCUGCAGCGGUGUUUCUCUCUGCACACGCUCAGAGGCACUCUUAUUUAUUAUAGCCAACUCCACCUGCUUCUUUAAGAAAAGGGGGUGUGGCCAAGGAGGGGAGGCUGCAGAGCUUAAUGGGUGUGGCUAAAGGGGGGAGGAGAGUUGGGGUGGGGCUAUAAGACUGAGAACAAAACACCUUGUAUGAUAGUACUACGCCUGGCAGUGGAGAUGGAGUCCAAAGAAGACAUGUGAAUUUGAGAACGCUCUGUAUACGGCAGUUUCCUGUGAUAUAUGCUGAGUCAGCCACUGGUCCAUCUAACUCAGGGCUGUCUACACUGACUGGCAGAAGCUCUCCAGGGUUUUAGAGAGGAAGUCUCUCAGCCCUCCCUGGAGAAGUCUGGGGUUGAACUUGAGGCCUUCUGCAUGAAAAACAGAAGCUGUAGCACUGAGCUCCCAGCAUCCAGCUCUCUCACAAGAGGGAAUUUAUCCAGGGAGGGAAUGCCAUUCAAGCAGAAAUCUCUUCUGGCGGAACCAAAGAGUGUGCAUUUGAGGGUGGCAGCCGCACAAAUAUUUGCUGUGCGCUGUCUCCGAUGGUUCAGUUCCAAGGGGAAGAAGGUGCAGUACCUGUUGGCGAGGCUGGGGUCAGGGGAAGGGCUGUCGCUCAGAGGCAGAGCGGCUGCUUCGAAUGCAGAAGCCCCUGGGUUCAGUUCUGAGGACUAGGAAUCUUCUUCUUUGGCGAUCCCUCGUAGCCGAGUAAGAUUGCCUUCUGUGGAGGCCAAUUCUGGACCCACACGUCCUUCCACAGUGGGGACAUUGGUUUCCGGGCAGGAGUUGAUCAUGGUGAGAGUUUGCCAAGCGUGCCUUCCUCCUAGUACGUUUCCCCUUUCGUCCUGAGUUUGAGCAUCUUCAAAGCCCAUGACACCUUUAGUAAAGGCUGUUCUCCAAUUGGAGCACUCGCAGGCCAAUUCCAAGCCUGAAAUCCUGGAGAGCCUCUGCCAGUCCGUGUAGACAAUAUGCAGCUUGAUGGAUGAAGGGUUUGACCUAGCGGAAGGCAGUAUCCUAUUGGACAGGUCUCUGUCCUGAGGAACUUGCAAUUGUUUCGACAGCUAUGGCCGUUCGGGGGAGGGGAUCUAGACACGUAUAAAAAAAAUCGCUCAUAAAAUGCUGUUUUAAAGAAUCGUUUUGAAAAAUAUAGUGAUUUGGUCAAAGCUCACCAUCGCCAUCUAGUGAUACAUCUGUAUGAUGCAGUUGAAACGUUAUAUUUGCAAAGGCCUGGCUAUAGUAAAGGUAAAGUGACCCCUGACCAUUAGGUCCAGUCGUGGCCGACUCUGGGGUUGCGGUGCUCAUCUUCCUUUAUUGGCCGAGGGAGCCGGCGUACAGCUUCCGGGUCAUGUGGCCAGCAUGACUAAGCCGCUUCUGGCGAACCAGAGCAGCGCACGGAAAUGCCAUUUACCUUCCCACUGGAGUGGUACCUAUUUAUCUACUUGCACUUUGACGUGCAUUCGAACUGCUAGGUUGGCGGGAGCAGGGACCGAGCAACGGGAGCUCACCCCGUCGUGGGGAUUCGAACCGCCGACCUUCUGAUCGGCAAGUCCUAGGCUCUGUGGUUUAGACCACAUGCAUUAAUUACUUCAUGUUCAGAUUACUGCAAUGCAUUCUGUGUGGGGCUUCCUUCCUUCGUGCUUGACCCAGAAGUUGCAGUUCGUGCAGAAUGCUGCAGUACAAUUGCUGACAGGAGUGAGGCCUUGUCAGCAUGGAACACCUGCACUCAGAGGGCUGCCAAAUUGCUGCCAGGCUGAGUUCAAGGUGUUACUCUUAGCGUGUAAAUCCCGCAACAAUUAAAGACCCUUUUUACCUGCACAAUCGCUUUACCUCUCUGGUCUGCUUCAAUCUAUAGAACUGGCACCGGUAGAGGUGCCACAUAAUACCUGUUCUGAUUUUUUUUAAAAAAAUUGUUCUCAUUAAAGAUUUUCCCAGGUUACAAAAGUACAGACAUCUUUAUGUCGGCGCAACCUGUUCUGCAUUGAUCUUCUAGUGCCUAGAGUAAUAUACCCUCUACAAAGGAAAGCUACAAGUUUGGGGGCCCUUUAAUUCUGACCCACCCCAAAAGCAAAUAAGAGGGGUGGUGGUAGAGGGAUGGGACAGAGGUUUGUAAAAGAUGGAGAAUGCUUUUGACCUCUCCGUCGUAAAACUAGAGUGCAGAGUAUCCCUGGGAAACUUGAUUGACAAGAAAAGAUCAGGACAAAGGGAAACCCUUCUUUCCACAGCUCAGCAUUAAGCCGCAGAACUCACUGCCUCUGCAUGCGAUGAUAGGUGGCUUUAAAUGGGGAUUAUCUCAAAAGACAUGACACAAAAGGAAAAUAGAUUGGGAGGGAGGAAGAAAUCGGCAAACCUGGGUGCAAGUCUUUAAAGCUAGAGCAGCUGUUCUCUUGACCAGCUGGGAUGGAAAGAGUUCAAGGAGAGGAGGAGUCAAAAGUUACAGAAACAUGGAAUUGUAGAUCUGGAGGGAAUCCCGGGGGUCAUCUAGACCAACCCGCUCCAAUUGCUGGUCUCACCACUGGCCAAGUGCCCCAACACUGAGGGAGUGGUUGACUGAUGCUCGGCUAGAUGGACCUUUGGUUUGAUCCAGCACUGAUCAUCUUAGGUUUUGUUCCCAUGGGGUUUCCUUGCCAUUAGUGAGCAGGGAAGGAAAUGCACCCCCCACAAACAUCACAUUUGCUGGCACUCAGCAUAGUGAUGAGCGAAUCGAUCAAUGUUUGUCCUCUCAGUUCCUCAUUUUUCCAAUCUUAAAUCCAGUCCUCCACAUUUCCAAAUGGGUUCUUCUUUUAAAGCCAGCUGGAAAAUUAACCAGCAUUUUCACUGCUAAUUUCCCACAACAUACACAUUUUUGUAUUCGGUCUUGCCUAAUAGAUGCACCUUUUGCAAAUCUUUGGAAAUAGCCCUUCUGUAAUGCAUUUGUGUGUACUGGUACUUGGUUCUCAAACGCUUUGGUACUCAAGCAACUUGGAACCCAAACACUGCAAACACCGAUGUAAGUGUUCUGGUUUGUGAACUUUUUUCGGAAGCCGAAUGUGCUCCAUUUUGAGUGUUAUGCUUCCGAUUUGAGUGUUAUGCUGAGGUCUGUCUGUCUUUGCUAUUUAUUUUGAAAUUUGGUUUUUUUGUUUUGUUUUUGUGACUGUGUGGAACCCAGUUUAGCUACUGAUUAAUCGAUGUGACUGCAGUAUAUUGUUUAUUGCUUUCAUUUUAUGGAUCAAUGGUCUCGUUAGAGAGUAAAAUUCAUGUUAAAUUGCUGUUUUAGGGUUGUUUUUAAAGGUCUGGAACAGAUCAAUCCAUUUUGCAUUACUUUCUAUGGGAAAGCGUGUCUUGGUUUUGGAACGCUUUGGUUUUGGAACAGACUUCCAGAAUGGAUUAAGUUUGAGAACCAAGGUACCAAUGAAUAUCCUUUUCAGCAACAUAUACCCCUGUACCUUAGUAUAUACCUUCUUGUACACAUCACUCGGCUGCAGAACUGCGCUGCGAAUUUUGCAGAAGCGUGAAUGUCAAAAGCAGCCUGCAUUUUGAUUCAUGAGUUGCUGUGGAAAGUACGAAUUACAGUGGUACCUCUAGAUACGAACGGGAUCCAUUCUGGAGCCCAGUUCGCAUCUAGAGGUAAACGUAUCUAGCUACGGCAUGUCUGCGCACGCGCACGUCGCUUUUCGCUGCUUCUGCGCAUGCGCGUGAUGCCAUUUUGAGCAUCUGCGCAUGCGUAAGUGGCGAAACCCGGAAGUAACAUGCUCCGUUACUUCUGGGUUGCCGCAGAGCGCAACUCGAACACACUCAACUCAAAGCGUAUUUAACCCGAGGUAUGAUUGUAAGUCAGUUUGCCUUUGAAUGCAAACUGAAUUGAAUUUCUCCCCACUUCCCCCCUCCCUGGUCUCUGUGCCCUUUAACCUGCUUUUUAAAAGGUCCUAAGCAUUGCAGGGUCACAAGGGCCAGAGCUAAAACUUUGCGCGAACUCUAAUCCCUCUCUGCCCACACCCACCCCGUUUCCUGAAAGUGUCAUCUUGGGUGAGCGAAGGGUCCGAGGGCUUGCAAGGCAUGGGAAAGUUUUGCUAAGAAUCGCAUGGCUGUCAUCGGCCAUGACUUUGCCCUGGCUGGCUGAGGGGUGGAGGUCGGGCACACCCCAAAGUUGAACGGAAUAUAGUGGUGAGACAGAGAAUGCCACUCAGAUUUUGACAGACAGUCGCUUCCCCGCCCGGUUAUCCUGCGGAUGAACUGCUCCUUUGGCCCCGUCAAGCUCAUGAGUCAAACUUCAAAAUGGGGUGGGAGUCUCAGGCCCAACAAGCGAGGAAAGAGCUACGCUUUGGGAAUUAGCGGCAGAAACGCGUCAGACAAUAACGUGGUUGUGUCCUCAGAAUAUUGUGGUGGCUGAUUUAAAGUGUUUAAUCAGAGGAAAAACCAUUGCUGACAUUUAUUAAGGAUUGGAAACCUUCUUCUGGACUUGUUGCAUGGAAGAAGAAAAAUGAGCUCAGAAUAUCUGGGUUUGAAGAUGGAAAAAUAUUGGCUUGUAGAAAAUAGAAUAGUAGGAUGUCCAAUCUGAGUGGAUACUUUGAAUAAGUUACUAUAUUUAGCUGACAGGCAGAGAACUGGAAGCCUUUCCAUAUUUUUCUUUUCUUGUUCUCCUCACUCUCUUUUCUUUUGAUUUCUUUUUCCAUCUCUUUGCUCCUGUUUCUUUUAGAUUAGGUUUUAAAAGCAUUUCUUUUAUUCUGGUGGUGUUAUAAAAAGAUACUUGGUGUUGGGUAUAAACUUUUGUAUAUCUUUUGAUCAGUAUCAAUAGAAAUUAGAAUGUUUUUGGGGAAGAUAAUAUUGUGUUAGCUGCUGGUUCUGGAACCUCUCUCCCUCUCACACCGAUUUUUAGUUAUCUUAAAAAUCCCAUCGGCAUUAGCUCAAUGUAGGGGGCCUUUGCAACAUCUGCAGCUCUUUUGUGGUGGAACGGAAUUUUGCAGAAACUGGUGCCCACCAGAGAUUUUGGACUACAAUUCCCACCAGCCCCUAGUUCAAUAUGCAGGACAGAAGACUGCAGAGUGAUGGAGCUGUGGAUGAUGGACGUUUAAAGCUGGAAGAAAAGGAGAGUGCCACAGGCCUCUGAUGGAAAAGUGGCAGCAGAGGAAGUUGUCUUAUAGUGAGUCAGAUCAUUGAUCCAUCUAGCUCAGUAUUGUUUACACACUGUGUCCUGUUCUGGGCACCACAAUUUAAGAAGGAUGUCGACAAGCUGGAACAUGUGCAGAGGAGGGCAACCAAGAUGAUCAAGGGUCUGGAAGCCAAGCCUUGUGAAGAACAGUUGAGGGAGCUGGGUACGUUUAGCCUGGAAAAGAGGAGACUGAGAGGAGAUAUGAUAGCCAUCUUCAAAUAUCUUAAGGGCAGUCACAUGGAAGAUACCUCGGUACCUCGGGUUACAUACGCUUCAGGUUACAGACUCCGCUAACCCAGAAAUAGUGCCUCAGGUUAAGAACGUUGCUUCAGGAUAAGAACAGAAAUCAUGCUCUGGCGGCGCGACGGCAGCAGGAGGCCCCAUUAGCUAAAGUGGUGCUUAAGGUUAAGAACAGUUUCAGGUUAAGUAUGGACCUCCAGAACGAAUUAAGUACUUAACCCGAGGUACCACUGUAUUUAAUUUUUUAUUUUUUACCAACAACCAAACACAAACAGUGAAACCCCCCAGGCGGCUGACACAUUGGGUAUACAUAAUCAAUAAUAACAUAUUCAAAUCAACCAUAUGUAGACUUCUGUAUAACUUAACACUCCUCCAUCCACAAAGUUUAUUUAACUUUUAACAUUUUAAUUGCCCCAAAUUGUUCAAACCUGCCUAAAUAAUUCAAUAAUCUUCUCAAACCAAUCCUCCUCUUUCUCACUGAUCUUAAACCCUUUCAUUCUGUGUAUCUUCACAGUUAGAUAUUUUAAAAUUAUAAUAUUGAAAAAACUGAAUGUUUUUUCCUCCAUUGGUUCACCCCUAGCUCUUCUGCAUUUUUCCAAUUACUCACUAUAACCUGUCUGGCUGCAGUUACCAUCAAUUUUACCCAUUUACAUUCCUCUUUUGUUUUUAACUCGGUGCUACUCAGACUAAUAAGAACCACUAAUUUAGAUAUUCCCACCUUCCUACCCACAAUUCCUGAUAUUUCUAUACCAAUCUGUUUCCAAAAUUCAUUAACUAACGGACAAUCCCACCACAUAUGACUGUACAUUCCCAUCACUCCACAUUUCCUCCAACAAUUCUUACUUCCAGAUUUUGUAAUAUGAUAUAACCUUACAGGUGUAUAAUAUCAUUUUUGUACCAACUUCAACCCCUGUUCCUGGAUUAUCUGAGAGGUCGCAACAAAGGAUGGUUGCCGAAAGAUUCUUUCCCAAUCUUCAUAUAAAAUCUGCUCCUGAAUUUCUAACUUCCAAUAUUUUUCAAAGGGCUGUUGGAUGGUGGAACCGUUUCCCUUGGGAGGUUGUGGACUCUCCUUCCUUGCAAAUUUUAAAGCAGAGGUUGGACGGCCAUCUGUCAUGGAGGCUUUAAUUGAGAUUCCUGCAUUGGACUAAAUGAAUCUUGGGAUCCCUUCCAACUCUACAGUUCAAUGACUGGCAGUGACUUUCUGGGAUUUCGAACAGGGGUCUCCACCAGCUGCACCUGAAGACUUGGGACUUCCUGCAUUCCAAAGCACAUGUUCUUCCACUGAGCUCCAGCCCUUUCCUUAAAAUUAAAGGAGGAUUCUAGUCCUCAUGGUUCUCAGUGAAGGGUUAAACUAAACAAGAGCAUAGGGAAUCAGCAUGCACUGAGACCUUUGCUCCAUGUUGCUCAGCAUUGUCUACAUGAGACCACAUAACACCGGUCUUGAAAGGCCUACAUUGGCUCCCAGUACGUUUCUGAGCACAAUUCAAAGUGUUGGUGCUGACCUCCUGCUCCCAAACAAAUGGAUUCAAGCUGCAAGAAAGGAGAUUCUGACUCAAAAUCAGGAGGAACUUUCUGAUCGUAAGAGCUCUUCAACAGUGGAACGGUCUCCCUCGGGAGGUUGUAGACUCUCCUUCCUUGGAAGUUUUUAAGCAGAGGUUGGGUGGCCAUCUGCCAUGGAUGCUUUAGCUGAGAUUCCUGCAUUGCAGGGAAUGGACUGGUCUACCACUGGGAGGUCUCCUUCCAACUACAGUGGUAUGUCAGGUUAAGGACUUAAUUCGUUCUGGAGCUCUGUUCUUAACCUGAAACUGUUCUUAACCUGAAGCACCACUUUAACUAAUGGGGCCUCCCACUGCCACUGCGCUGCCACUGCAUGAUUUCUGUUCUCAUCCUGAAGCAAAGUUCUUAACCCAAGGCAAUAUUUCUGGGUUAGCAGAGUCUGUAACCUGAAGUGUACAUAACCUGAAGCAUAUGUAACCUGAGGUAUCACUGUAGUCGAAGAUUCUAACAUCCCCACGCCCAUUUGACAAAUGGCAUGUGAUAGGAUCAACGCUAUCAGCCGAAGGACAGAAGCAACCCUAUUCCAUGAAGGAUAGUUUCCUCGUGCUCUAGGAUGAUAGGCCUCAAGACUCUCACAAGGAUGUUAUUAGGACAAUUAAGAUGGCGGCACCGGACUCAUCGCAAUGACUUCUUUCCCCUACUUGGGCAAAAAGUUGCCAGGGAGAAUGGAAGGAAACGCCAGCCAAAAGGUUACCCUUGGGCACAGACAGUGGCUUGAUCGCCACGCCUGGAGCUGCACUUUGUUUUCUAAAAACACACAAAAACACAGUGUUUCCUAAAUGUGUCAUGCAGGUUAUCCCAGUAAUCCUUACAAGCCAGUAAAGGAGCUGAGAUGCACAGUCUCUCGAUUUACAGUGUCGCAGCUUUAAAUCUCUCUCUUUUAUAUACCGUAUUUUUUGCUCUAUAAGACUCACUUUUUCCAUCCUAAAAAGUAAGGGGAAAUGUGUGUGUGUCUUAUGGAGCGAAUGCAGGCUGCGAAGCUAUCCCUGAAGCCAGAACAGCAAGAGGGAUUGCUGCUUUCACUGUGCAGCGAUCCCUCUUGCUGUUCUGGCUUCUGAGAUUCAGAAUAUGUUUUUUCUUGUUUUCCUCCUCCAAAAACUAGGUGCGUCUUGUGGUCUGGUGCGUCUUAUAGAGCGAAAAAUAUGGUGUAUAUAUACACACACACACACACACACACACAUAUACACAUAUCAUUUUCAACAAUUACAAAACAUACUUUUAUAUCUUAUACAAUUUUUUUUGACUUCUGCCAAUCACAUCUGAAAAUUUUCCAAUCUUUUCCACUUAAUUUACAUUUCUUACUUUCGCUAUUACUCAUAACUAAUGUCUCUCUUCUUUAUCUUCUUUGCAAUAUAUCAUAUAUUCCUCCUUACAAAACUUGCUAAACCCCGCCCCCAAGCCUCCACCUGAUUGGUUGGCUACCUGGGGGCGUGGCGUGGCAGCCAGGCCAGCUGGGCAGGGGCCAGAACGUCCCCCCCCCCGCCGACGCGGGAAACGGCUCCUGCUCACAACUCCUCCCCUCUGUAAGGAGGAGAGGGUUUCUCUUUCAAGGAAACAAAGGCUGGUGGUGGACAAUUUGGUCUUCAGCCUGUUGACAAGCCAAUUCCAUUUGGAUUGUCCAAGGGAGAUCUCUUUUCCUAGGCUUCCGGCAGCGGCGUCGCUAGCCGCUCUGGCGCCUGGUUUGGCGCAUGCGUCGGCCGGGGCUCCACUUUUUUCUGGGACCCUGCCAGGAGCUCCGCCCCUUCGCAGCCCCUCCUGCCUGGCCACGCCCCCCCCCGGUGGCAGCUGCUCUUGCUGCUGCUGAGGUUGCAAGGAGCCCGGGAUGAGGAGGAGGAAGAGGGAGCAGGAGGUGGAGAUUCGCAUGGAGCCCUUGCUGCAGUUGACUGGUACCCUCCAACUUCUCUCCUCCAGCAAACCAGACGGGAUUACCGUAUUUUUCGCUCUAUAGGACGCAGUUUUCCCCCUCCAAAAAUGAAGGGGAAAUGUGUGUGCGUCCUAUGGAGCGAAUGCAGGCUUUUGCUGAAGCCUGGAGAGCGAGAGGGGCCGGUGCACACCGACCCUCUUGUUCUCCAGGCUUCAGGAAGCUAUCUGCAAGCCUUCGGAGCCCGGCGGGAGUUCCCGCCGGGCUCAGAAGGCUUGUGGAUAGCAGCAAGCUCUGGGAGCGAUGGCGAGGUUGAGCGCAACCGCGCCUUCGCUCCCGGACCCCCAGCCCCGAGGCUAAAAACGAAGCCAAGACGGUGUAAAAAUCAAGUCCCUGCCUUGGCCUGAGCCCUCAAGUUCCGCCAAUCUGAGGAAGACAAGAGUCUUAACCUAAGAACUGCCUUCUUGGUCCAAACCAAAGCAUCCUGUUUCCAAGAAAAGUCCAGCCAGAUGCCCUUUUCCCCCUGGGAAAUUGCAGCACACAAUCUGUCAAAACAACCCAGAGAAGGAAUGAGAUAAGGAAUGCAAACUGGAAGGAUAUGUGAAAAUAUGUCAAAAUAGCUUUGACAGGCCUCGUUUGAAACUAUUCAAAUAGGUCUUAUUCCAAAUAGUAAUCUCAGCUGUGGCCAGAGAAACCUGGAUCUGCUAAAGAAGAUUGUAUAGGAUCAGGAUUUAUAGGGGAGUAGAUGCCACUCGGGCCCCGAUGCAAGCUUGGGGGAAAAUCAAUAUUCAGUCAGUGAUGUGCAGUACAAAUUUCAGUAUCUGGGAUACUUCAGUGGUACAACGAAUAGGCAAAGCUGUUUCAGCUUCUGGGUUUUUCUUCCGACAAAAUGCACAUCACCAGCUCGCAGGGAAGCAGUCAUGUUGAGACAGGUGCCAUACCGUCCCAUUUUUUCAGAACAAAAAAAACGGGACGCGCAUCAUGCGCCACAAUCUCAGUCGGCAAAAAAAGCGCUAUUUGGGGGGGCACGAAUUUCUGCAGCUCCCCCAAAAGUGCUUUUGGGGGGCAAGAGGGGGGUUCAAAAGUGCACAAGAUUGCGGUACCCAAAAGGGGUUCUGUGAACCUGGAUUGCUAAUUUGGUAAGAGUGAGGUGCUGGUAAUGCCAAGGUUGCAGGUUCGAUCCCCGUAAGGGACAGCUGCAAAUUCCUGUAUCGCAGAGGGUCGGACUAGAAUCGGGGAUUAGCAAACUUUUCCAGCAGGGGGCCGGUCCACUGUCCCUCAGAUCUUGUGGGGGGCCGGACUAUAUGUUGCUAUGAUUUUGACCCACAUUUUUGGCAAAAACCCUUAUUGGGACCAACCCCCAACGUUGCCCAAACGUGAUUUUUUUGGGGGGUGUGUGUGACCUCAUACACCCACGCUGCUUCCUUUGCAUUCUAUGCAUUGACAGUUAUUUCUCUCGUAAGGCGGGGGGUGGGGGGGCUGAGGUAAGUGCGCCAUUCCUGUCAGCCCUGGAGAGCGUGUGCGCAUGUGUGGGUGAAGGGAGAAGCUGUUGGCCACACUAAGGCCGGCGACGCUCAAGCAAAAAUGUUCUUUUCCCCGGGUGAGGGAAGAUGAGGUGGUGGCUGUUUACCUUUCCAUGGCUCACACCAUGUAGCUAACAAGUGGCCUCCCCAGCAAAGCGCAGAACUGUUUUGGAGUCCAGCCGCCCAGGCGCUCCCCGCUUCCUUUGGCGGGGAGCACCGUUGCCACAGACCCCGGCGGGCGUCGCUCCUGAGACGCCUUUGAGCCCCUGCCACCGCAACUGCCCUUCCUGAGGUCAGUUGCUGGCAUCUCCAUGGUGGAAAUCUGAACUGUGGCUCCUUUUCCCUCUUCCCCAUCCUGGAAGAAAAGAUUGCUGUGCGCAACGAAUGGCGAAGGGGCUUUUCUCGAGCAUCCGCUUGCCUCACUUUUGACCCCCAAGCCUGGCUGAGUCGCAAAAACCAUCGCGCGCACUACGCCGGCUGCUUGGAUUCCCGGACCGUCCGCAGGCAAUUGGGCCUGAUCUGGCCCGCGGACCUUAGUUUGCCGACCCAUGGACUAGAAUCAGCCUUUCUCAACCUGUGUGUCCCCAGAUGUUGUUGAACUACAACUCCCAUCACCCCUAGCUAGCAAGGCCAGAGCUUAGGGAUGAUGGGAGUUGUAGUCCAACAACAUCUGGGGACCCACAGGUGGAGAACCGCUGGGUCCCUUCCAACUCUCUGAUUCUGUGCUACUCCAGAGGGUAGAAACCAAAGCAAUGGAUUCAAAUGACAAGGAAAAAAUGACUCUGACCAAACAUUGGGAAGAACUUUCUGACAAUGAGAGCUGUUGGACAAUGGAAAUGGACUCCCUGGGGAGGUGGUGGUUUCUCCUUCGUUGGAGGUUUUUAAGCAAAGGUUGGCUAUCAUGUAUGAUCUAGUUGAGAUUCCUGCAUUGCAGGGGGUUGGACUAGAUGGUCUUUGGGGUCCCUUUCAACCCUACAAUUCUAUGGUUCUACGGUACCAACUUUUCACCAUUUCUAUUUUCCCUGGAAUUUGGCCAGCAUCCAUGGCUGGUUUUUUGAGGUCUAUAUAUCUUUGUCUCUUUUUUUAUUCCUGGGUUUCAUUCCUGUUGCUUCAGGAUUAUUCUGUUGUGGGAAAGGCUUUGUGAAUGCAGUAAACCUUGACCUAACCCUAAGCACCCAGCUGAGGGCACGUAUUCCCUUUUUCUAAGGGAGACAUUUGAGCAGGAGGAACAAGGCCUGUGUCUUAUUUUGGGAUUGGCAAAUGGAUGAGAUGAUACCGAGUCUCCCACCUUGGACGGGUCAGGGCUGCACACGCCUUCUGUUUCUCUCUCAAACUGCACCCCAGCCCACCCUCAAGUGGUCUCUGCUCCAUUCAGGGCAAACUUUUUGACCCCUGCCUAUUGUGCACCUGAACAGCGAGCUGUUUGUUCAACGGCAAUUCAGCUUCCUGCCUUGGCCUGCCGAAAGGAAAACCCAAGUGCUUUGUUCCAAACCAAACUCCAACUUUCCCUUUCCACGCCGUGCUGUGGAGGGACCGACGAAACGGGGGAGAAAUAUCCUGGCCUUGCAGAAAGUAAAAAAAAAAAAUCCCUUUCAAGGGGAGUUUGCAAAAGAGUGUUGUAAGAAUUUCAAGGUCUCAAAUACAGAAUAAAUAUUCAUAAAUGCACACCUAUCUAAAUAUAUGAACCAUGUGUCUGAAAUAGUACAGGAGAGCAAUCCUGAAGCCAUUUUGACUCUCCCAGUGACCUCAAAUAUACCUCUGCAGUAAGGGAGGCAAAUGGGGAAAGCCUUCCCAUUGUCUUUUUGCUUACAAAUCCUGUUUUAAGGGUGUAUUUGUGCAUGAAUAGGGUGAGCCUGUGACCUGUAUUCAGGAACUAAAGUAAACAGCCACAAAAGAAUGGCUUUGCUGCUCAGGUAAUGCAAUCAGUGACCAUUAUCAGGUAUCCUGGCUGUAGACUGCCUCCUUCUGUGAUGUAUGUAUGAUGUUGGGGUGGUGGUCUUGGGCUACAGGGUGGGCUAUUUCAAGAGUCUGUAUAAGAGCUUGCACCCCACUGUUCAGGGUUCUCCUCCCUUCUGCGUGUGGUGGGUGGGGACCCUGUUACAACAGUUUAUUUUCCUUCAAUAAAGAUCAGGCUUACUAGCCGCUUUGCUUCUCAAUAUACUCUGCCUGGUCUCUGUUAUUUUUUCCAACCGAUAGGGAACCCACUUAAGGACUCUGUACGAGCUCAGCAAUACCCCAUAAGGGAAAGGGAGCAGUUUUUUCUUAUAGCAAAAGGAUGGUGUCUGGCCUCCCUGGAGCCUUGGGAAAAUGCCCCCUCAAAACCCAUAACCACCAAAGUGACAAAUGUAGGGUGACAUUUACGGGCAGGCCGUGGUUCAGUGGUAAAGCAACUGCCUUGCAUGCAGUGGGUCACAGGUUCGGUUCCUGGCAUCCCUGGGUAGGAUUGGAAAGCUCGCUGUCUGGAAUCCCAGAAAGCCACUGUCAUUCAGUGUAGUAGUAGUAGUAGUAGUAGUAGUAAUAUUUCUACCCCGCCCAUCUGGCUGGGUUUCCCCAGCCACUCUGGGCGGCUUCCAACAAAAGAAAAAGAAGAAGAGUUUGGAUUUGAUAUCCUGCUUUAUCACUACCCUAAAGAGUCUCAAAGUGGCUCACAAUCUCCUUUCCCUUCCUCCCCCACAACAAACACUCUGUGAGGUGAGUGGGGCUGAGAGACUUCAGAGAAGUGUGACUGGCCCAAGGUCACCCAGCAGCUGCAUGUGGAGGAGCGGGGAAGCGAACCCGGUUCACCAGAUUACGAGUCUACUGCUCUUAACCACUACACCACACUGAUUAAAAAUACAUUAAAACAUCAGUCAUUAAAAACUUCCCUAAACAGGGCUGCCUUCAGAUAUCUUCUAAACGUCAGAUAGUUGUUUAUUUCUUUGACAUCUGAUGGGAGGGUGUUCCACAGGGCGGGAGCCAGUGUGGUGUAGUGGUUAAGAGCGGUAGUCUCGUAAUCUGGGGAACCGGGUUCGCGUCUCCGCUCCUCCACAUGCAGCUGCUGGGUGACCUUGGGCCAGUCACACUUCUCUGAAGUCUCUCAGCCUCACUCACCUCACAGAGUGUUUGUUGUGGGGGAGGAAGGGAAAGGAGAAUGUUAGCCGCUUUGAGACUCCUGAAGGGGAGUGAAAGGCGCGGGAUAUCAAAUCCAAACUCCUCUUCUUCUACCAAGAAGGCCCUCUGCCUGGUUCCCUGCAACUGCGCUUCUCGCAGUGAGGGAACUGUCAGAAGGCCCUCGGAGCUGGACCUCAAUUAGCUGAGCUAGCUAGCUAGAGAGUGAGAGCUUCCAUGCACCAAGGCAAUCUAUCUGGCAGUACCAAAUUCCAGGGGCAAAGCAUGGGGAAGGGCGGCUGCCUUGAUGCCCUGCUUCUGGGAUUCCCAGGGGCAUCUGACUGUGCUCCUUUGUGGGCCGCAUGCCAGCGGUGCAAUGGUCGAGAGGCAAAGGUGGGUGGAGAGACAGGUGUGACUCUACAUUAGCCUACAUUCCAGCCAUCCCAAAGCCACGGGUUUCUACAUGCACACACUGGUCUCUCCAUCCUGCAUCCAGGCAAGCAAUUAUCACAGCUCAAAGGCAGAUUCCCACCAGGUAAAAACACUUGAAAAGUAGGAGUGGCGAGAGGUGCAGCUUUGGGAGAGGUGGGGUGUAUUUGUCCUCUUCCCAUUGGCAGCUGGGUAGUGUCGCUUGCCCUGUGGAACGCCCUCCCAUCGGACGUUUAGAAGACAUCUGAAGGCAGCCCUGUUUAGGGAAGUUUUUAAUGACUGAUGUUUUAAUGUACUUUUAAUCUUUUGUUGGAAGCCGCCCAGAGUGGCUGGGGAAACCCAUCCAGAAGGGUGGGGUAUAGAUUAAUUAUUAAUAUUAUUGUUGUUGUUGUUGUUGUUAAUUUAUUCACCCCAUCCCCCAGAAGAUGGACCUGGCCUCCUUUGGAUUUGCAUUCAGCAAUCUGAGCUGAUCGAAACCAGAUGCUAAAACAAGACUUCGCUCUUUUUAACUGUUUUGAAAACGUUUGUUUUUUUAAGCCACAAAGCAACAACCCUUAGUCUGCUCAAAAUGAAAGACGACAGCUUGUCUGGGGCUGCCAGCUUCGUUUUGUAUUUUCAUUUCCAAAAAAAGAAAAAAAGAAUCAAGGUACAUAGGCUGGGUUAGUUUGCAUGCCCGAAUGCCACGGUGUUAGCUUAGCAAGCUGCAACAGAUGUUCCUUUGCCUCGCCAAAAGAUAUGGAACGUUGGAUCUAAAGGGGAUUGUUGAAGCAAUAAAUUAAAGUAUAUGAAAGCCCUAUAGCGGAUUGGUUGACAAAGACCUGUGCGUGAGAACUUUCGAGAUUCUCAGUGGUUCACGAAUUCCCAGUGAUACGUCUGCCUUCGUUUCUUCCAAGAAAUCCCUCGCUUGCUUCCAUUGUGCAUGAGCAUGUGAAAAUUGCAGUGUGUCUCAUGCAUGAAUUUAUUUUCAGGUUUCUAGGCCUUAUGACUGCAACCUUUAGAAAAAAUCUUCUUUAAACCACAGAUGUUACAGAAAUCUAUUUCUUCCCAGCCUUCUCAAAGUACAUACUGCCAGAAAUGGUAUGAUAAGACUGGAGUCAGAGUAGAGAGACCCUUUUCCAGUAAGAAAUAAGCGCAGCUCAUUUUUCUUCCAAGCUUGCUUCUGCAGUGGACCCUGUCCUUUGUCAGAUUCGCUCAGCCACUCUGUGCAAUUGCCAAAGGCUUACGCGGCUGCGUUUUAUAUAAAUUUAGUGAAAUAAAUAAAUAGGCUACAUUGAAGUGGUGCAAAAGUACAGGGUCUUCCCACACACCCCUCUCUGUUCCAAGCAAGCAAGUGGAAUUUUCACUGUCUAAAUGCACAUUUGAGGGAGGUACAGGGACGUGGGUGGCGCUGUGGGUUAAACCACAGAGCCUAGGACUUGCCGAUCAGAAGGUCGGCGGUUCGAAUCCCCGCGACGGGGUGAGCUCCCGUUGCUCGGUCCCUGCUCCUGCCAACCUAGCAGUUCGAAAGCACGUCAAAGUGCAAGUAGAUAAAUAGGUACCACUUGGGUGGGAAGGUAAGUGGCGUUUCCGUGCGCUGCUGUGGUUCGCCAGAAGCGGCUUAGUCAUGCUGGCCACAUGACCCGGAAGCUGUACGGCGGCUCCCUCAGCCAGUAAAGCAAAAUGAGCGCCACAACCCCAGAGUUGGCCAUGACUGGACCUAGUGGUCAGGGGUCCCUUUACCUUUACAGAGAAGGGGCGUGGCCUGGGGAGAGUUUUGAGGGCCACAUAACAAGGCCUGGAGGGCCACAUCUUCCCCCAAGGCCUCAGAUUCCCCACCCCUGGACUAGGAUCUGGGAGAUCUGGGUUCAGGUCCCCUUACUCAACCUCCAUGAAGCUCACCAAUUGACUUUGAGCCAAACAUUUCCUCUCAGCCAAAUCUACCUCACAGGGUUGUUGUUGGGGGGGGGAGCGGGAAGGGGGGAGAAACAAGUGACCACUUCAAACUCCUUGAAGGAAAUAAUUAUAUCCUUGUGCAGUGGGGGGUAUAAAUAUAAAAAUAAUAAUAUAAUAUAAAGAAGAAUAAAAGCUUGUGUGUGUGUCGUGUGAGGGCAACAUUGAUUUGUCUGUCUGUCUUUCUGAGCAAUGGAUGAAGGUGGAAGCAAAAAGUUAUUCUAUAGGAGUAUUUUUCUUUUGAGAGUCUGCAUUAGGUAUGUAUGUGUUAGUACAAUGGUACCUAUAAAACCUUGUGUGUUGUAUAGAUACCAUGAUACGUAUGGAAUUGUAUUGUUUAUGUUCUGUGUUUUAAGCCACCUGGUGGUCUUUUGAAAAAAAGGUGGUAUAUAAAUUUAAUAAAAAAACACCAUCCUUUCACAGUAACCACCCAUUUCCAAAGCUCUGAACCUCUUUCCCUCCUUGUCUUUUGGUACAGCAUUCUCUUCCUCUAG